CACCGACUCCCUCGGACCAUCCAUUGUUGAUCCGAAUACAUACUCAACUGUUCCAUUUUCCACUAUGAUUGACCCCCGCCCGUAUCACAUUCUAAGCUAUGGCACUUUACUCGGUGUCCAAGUGUAUCAGACCUUCGUUUCCGGGAUUGUAGCCUUUAGGGCCCUUCCCAGACCUCAGUUUGCUUUGUUGCAGACAGCCACAUUCCCCAUUUAUUUCUCUCUUCAAACGGCACUUCCAGUGCUAGUUGCUUUGACAGCCAGCAACAAUGGACAGCCACUCGGCAUCUCCGGACUCUUGGAGAACCCCAAUACUUUCGUCCCUAUGGCCACGGCUGCUGUGACCGGACUUAUUAACAUGGCCGUGCUUCGCCCUCUGACUGUUAACACCAUGCGUGAAAGAAAGCACCAGGAAACCCGUGAUGGCAAGAAGAGCUAUGACCCUGCUCCCCACUCCAAGGAGAUGGUGGCUCUUAACAAGAAGUUCGGCCGACUCCACGGCUUAUCAAGCUUGAUCAACCUGGUCUGUCUCGGUGCUACCAUUUACUAUGGUGCUGUACUUGGCAAGCGACUGGCUUAAAGGACAUGCCUUUGGGCGAUUUGAGCUGGCAAUGUAUACUUCAGUGCGCCAUAAGAUGUUGCUCUAGCCUCAAUUUUUAUUGUAAAUAGAGUGAUUCAGUCUCAUAAGAUUUGAGGCGAUGCAAAUAUGUCCAAUUGAUGCUUUAUUAUUCCCGUAUCAA